UCUUUGUAGGACGGACGAUCCCAAGUUCCAGUCGAGUUCCACUUGUACGUAGACUAGCAGUUCAGUUUGUCACAAGGGUGAAGGAAGCCUUCGGGAACGGGAAACAACCAGUUUGGGGGGAAAGCGUUUAAGGGCCUUUUGGUGCGACCGCUCGCUUAUUUAUUCGAGACUUUGGUCCUCUUGGGGUGAGGCCUCUUUUUAAAGUGCGCACUUCUUCCAAGGUCCAUCCAAGUUUCCACCAAUCCGAGAUCACGAGAACGAGAAGAGCGCCAGUGGAUGAGAAGUCGCGGUGGAACAACGAUCUACCACUCAGUGCUCCGAUUGUCCUGUCCCAGAUAUCAUCUCUGUACCAAUAUCAAGUUUUGUAGGUUCGGCCUAAGCCCCUGACCACACCUCGAUCUACAACUGCGCACCACUACCGUUAAACAUCCCCAGAGUUGCGCCAGUCUUUCAAGAGGAUGCCUUUCGACCCUCUUCGCCCGAAGUGUCCGGAAAAGGUGGGCUUGUACGAUCCGAAGCACGAAAAGGAUGCUUGCGGCGUUGGGUUCAUAGUCCAUAUUGAUGGCACCCAAUCCCAUGAUUUGCUCUUUGAUGCCGAGCAGCUUAGUAAUCGAAUGGAACAUCGCGGAGCCUGCUCAGCUGAUAAUGACAGUGGAGAUGGAGCGGGAGUUCUCGUGGCCAUCCCUCAUGAGUUCUUUGCCAACAAAGUCAGCCAACUGGGAGAAACCCUCCCGGCGUUUGGUCAAUAUGCCACGGGUAUUUUGUUCCUCGGGUCUGGGAAUUUGGACUCGAGCAAGAAAGAGUUCGAAGACCUGGCCGAAAGCUUGAACCUGAAGGUCUUAUGUUGGCGAAGGAUUCCCAAGAAGAAUGAUUGCCUGGGUGAGAUUGCUCGCAAUACUGAACCCAUUAUGGAGCAGGUCUUUGUGGUGCCCAAAGACCCCAGCAAUUUUGAAGGUGAAGAGGAAGGCAUGUUUGGCAUCCAGGUCUUCAUUCUAAGAAAGACUGCCUCUCACAAGCUAAACCGAGAAGAGCGUGAUUGGAAAGGCCACAAUGACAAAAGGUUUUAUGUCGCCUCGUUGUCCCCUUCCACCAUUGUCUACAAAGGCCAAUUCAAUCCUUGUCAGUUGUUCAAAUAUUUCGAGGACCUCGUCAAUCCCGAGUUCAAAACUCAUAUCUGCAUUGUUCACACCCGAUUCUCCACCAAUACUUUCCCCAGCUGGGAGCGAGCUCAUCCCAAUCGGAUGUUGGCCCACAAUGGCGAGAUUAACACUCUUCGAGGCAAUAUCAACCUUAUGAAGGCUCGCGAAGGGGUUAUGGCCAAUAUGAAGUUUGGGAAGAAGCUCUCCGAGCUGUAUCCGGUGGUGGAAUCCGAGAUGUCGGAUUCUGGUUCUUUGGAUAAUGUCCUUGAGUUUCUGGUCAUGGCCGGAAACCGUUCCCUUCCAGAGGCCAUAAUGACUCUGGUACCCGAAGCAUGGCAGAAUGAUCCAUUAAUGGAUAACAACAAGAAGAACUUCUAUCGCUUUGGGUCCUGCUGCUUCGAACCUUGGGAUGGACCGGCCUUGUUGACCUUCAGUGACGGGCGGUAUGUGGGUGCCAUUUUGGAUCGAAAUGGUCUUCGGCCUUCACGUUUCUAUGUGACCAAGAGUAACAUCAUGGUUAUGGCCUCUGAAGUGGGCGUGUAUGACGCAGAGCCUUCCGACAUUGUUCAGAAAGGCCGUCUCAUGCCUGGACGAAUGUUGCUUGUUGAUACCAAAGAGAAGAAAAUCAUUCAAGAUGAAGUCAUGAAACAAGAGAUUGCUCUAAGCCGACCUCAUGACCAAUGGUGGAGCAAACACGUCAACUUGGGUGAUCUGCGCAAGGCCAACAUCGCCCAAUUCUCGACCGACCGGCGACCCAUCAUCAAGCCCCUCGAAGGCUCGGAAGAGGACUCGAUUGUGGCCCGAAUCUGGCAAGGUGAUCGGCGAAUGCCAAUGUUUGGUUACAAUUUAGAGACCAUUCAAAUGCUCAUGAUUCCCAUGUUCCAAACCAAGAAGGAAGCAUUGGGAUCCAUGGGCAACGAUGCCCCUUUGGCUUGUCUUUCGAAGCUCCAACCUUUGAUUUAUGAGUACUUCAAGCAACUCUUUGCUCAGGUCACCAAUCCACCCAUCGAUCCCUUUCGCGAGAGAAUCGUUAUGUCGUUGGAGUGUCCCAUCGGACCCGAAGGAAAUGUUUUGGAACCGGAUGAGAAAACUUGCAAACGACUUUGGCUCAAGAAUCCCAUCUUGUCUUUGGGCGAUUUGGAGGUAAUAAAGAACACGACCGUCCUGGGUUGGAAGACGAAAGUGAUCGACAUCACUUAUGAUGUGAACGGUGCGCUAGAUUUGGAGAGUGCCAUUGAAGAAGUGUGCAAGCAAGCCGAAAAUGCCGCCAAAGAUCACCAAUUCUUGAUCCUCUCUGAUCGAAACCUCAGUGAGAACCGGAUCCCCAUUAGCGCCGGAUUGGCUUCGGGAGCCGUCCACCAUCAUUUGAUCAAUACUCGUUUGAGGAGCAAGUGUGCGAUAAUCCUUGAAACCGGAGAGAUUCGUGAGGUUCAUCAAAUUUGCGUGGUGGUUGGAUUCGGAGUCGACGCCAUCUGUCCGUAUAUGGUCUUUGAAAUCGCUCAAAUGUUGAGGGAAGAAAACGUGAUCUCGGCCGAUAUCACGGAUGAAGUGGCUUACGCCAACUAUGCCGCUGCUGUGGAUCGUGGCAUUUCCAAGGUUAUGGCGAAAAUGGGUAUUUCAACCAUGCAAUCCUACAAGGCUGCUCAGAUCUUUGAGGCCGUUGGUUUGGCAGAUGAUGUCAUUAACCGUUGUUUCAAGGGAACCGCCAGCCGUAUUGGGGGCGUCAAUUUCCGCAUUCUGGCUCAAGAAAGCUUGAUCCGACACAAAUUGGCUUUUGGGCACAAUGAGUGCGAUGCUAGAAUCCUCCGAGAUCCGGGAUUCUUACAUUAUCGGAGUGGAGGAGAGAAGCACAUCAAUGAUCCCAACAGUGUGGCCUUACUCCAAGAAGCCACCAAGCAUGAGAACCAAGCUGCUUACCAAAAGUACGUGGAUGCCGCCGUGGAAAGUAUCCGAGAUUGCACCAUUCGUGGGCAGUUCGAGCUGAACUUCCCGGAUCCAGACAAGGCUAUACCCGUGGAUGAUGUGGAGCCUGCCUCAGAAAUUGUUAAACGAUUUGCAACUGGAGCCAUGUCCUUUGGCAGUAUUUCGUACGAGGCUCAUUCCACCCUAGCCGUGGCCAUGAAUAAGAUGGGUGGCAAAUCGAACACGGGUGAAGGUGGAGAAAAUUCGGAUCGCUAUCUGAAUCAAGAUCCGGAAUACAAUAUGAGAUCAGCCAUCAAGCAAGUGGCAUCGGGUCGCUUUGGUGUGACUGCCUCAUACUUGUCUCAUGCGGAUGAACUCCAGAUUAAGAUGGCUCAAGGAGCCAAACCUGGAGAAGGUGGAGAGCUUCCCGGCUUCAAAGUCACCAUCGACAUUGCCAAGACCCGACAUUCUGUUCCUGGAGUGGGCCUGAUCUCGCCCCCACCUCAUCACGACAUCUAUUCCAUUGAAGAUUUGGCGCAGCUUAUCUACGAUCUCAAGUGUGCCAACCCGAGCGCACGAAUCUCGGUUAAACUUGUCUCCGAAGUGGGUGUGGGCGUGGUAGCCUCGGGCGUGGCUAAAGGCAAAUCCGAGCACAUUCUCAUAUCCGGACAUGACGGUGGUACGGGUGCGUCUUCUUGGACAGGUAUCAAAGGAGCUGGAUUGCCUUGGGAAUUGGGGCUCUCCGAGACCCACCAGGUUCUAACUUUGAACAACUUGCGAUCUCGUGUCGUCCUUCAGGCUGAUGGCCAAAUGCGCACCGGAUUUGACGUGAUGGUGGCCGCUAUCCUUGGAGCUGACGAGGUCGGCUUCUCCACCGCUCCCUUGAUUGCCAUGGGAUGCACAAUGAUGCGGAAAUGCCACUUGAAUACCUGCCCAGUGGGUAUCGCCACCCAAGACCCCGAGCUAAGGAAGAAGUUCGAGGGCAAACCCGAGCAUGUGGUCAAUUUCUUCUUCAUGAUGGCCGAGGAAGUUCGAACUUAUUUGUCCAAGAUGGGCAUUAGAAAGUUUCAAGACCUUAUUGGCCGUACCGACUUGUUGAGGCAACGCCCCUCGGAUUGUGAGAAAGCCUCGCUAUUGAAUUUCAACGCCAUUCUGAUGGAUGCCAGCAAAAUCAGACCAGAUGCUUCGAUUGUGGGAGGAAGUGUCGAGCAAGACUUUGAAUUGGAGAAACGCUUGGAUUCGGAAAUCAUUCCUCUUUGUCAAGACGCCAUUGAUGGUAAGGAAGGUGUGAUCCUCGUGGAAAGAGAAAUCAACAAUAACCAAAGGUCCUUUGGAGCCACUCUUUCGCAUGAGAUCGCCAAGAGGUACACCAACGAUGGUUUGCCUAACGGAACCGGGGUUGACAUCAAACUCAAAGGAUCUGCUGGACAGAGUUUCUGCGUGUUCCUCAUCAAAGGCGUCAAUGUGACCCUUGAAGGAGAUGCCAAUGAUUACGUGGCCAAGGGAUUGUCCGGGGGCGAAGUCGUCAUUUUCCCGCCCAAGAACUCGCAUGAGGCCUUCAAAUCCGAGGAAAACAUCAUCGUGGGCAAUGUCUGUUUGUACGGUGCCACUUCCGGAAGGGCUUUCAUUCGGGGUGUUGGAGCUGAGCGCUUUUGUGUGCGCAAUUCUGGAGCCCUGGCCGUGAUUGAAGGUGUGGGUGACCAUGGAUGUGAGUACAUGACCGGCGGUCGUGUCAUCAUCUUGGGUCGCACUGGUCGUAAUUUUGCUGCUGGCAUGUCUGGCGGGAUUGCUUAUGUGCUCGACCACGAUGCCACGUUCAAGAACAAAUGCAACAAGGAAAUGGUGGACCUUUUGCCCAUUAUUGACGAUGAAGAUAUCAUUUUCUUGAAGGAGACGCUCCAAGAGUUUGUGGAUGAGACUGGUUCGGUGGUAGCCGAUAAUGUUCUCAAGAAUUGGUCUUCAACCCAACAGAUGUUCGUCAAGGUAUUUCCACGCGAGUAUCAACGAGCUCUGUUGGAACAGAAGGCCGCCAGCGAACAAAUGAGCAACAACUCCAUUGAAGAGCCUCCCAAAGAAAUGAACGGACGGAUUACACCCGAAAUUCGCGUCACCAACGACAAAGAAUCGCCCGUGGCCGAUAUCGAGGACUCGGUCAAGGACAAAGAGAUGCAAGCCAAGAAACAAGAGGUCAUCUUGGACAAGACCCGUGGCUUUGUCAAAUAUAAGCGCGAAACCAAGAUGUACCGAGAGGCCGAGGACCGACUAAAGGAUUGGAAUGAAAUCUAUGAUUUCAAGCAUGUUCGCAGGGGGCUCAAGAAACAAGCAGCUCGUUGCAUGGAUUGUGGUGUGCCCUUCUGCCAUUCCACCUCCCAUGGGUGUCCAUUAGGGAAUAUCAUUCCCAAGUUCAAUGAUCUAGUCUUCCAAGACAAUUGGAAAGAGGCUCUCAACCAGUUGCUUCAGACCAAUAACUUCCCCGAAUUUACGGGACGCGUUUGCCCGGCUCCUUGUGAAGGAGCAUGUGUGUUGGGCAUCAACGAACCUGCUGUCACCAUCAAGAACAUUGAAUGCUCGAUUAUUGAUAACGCUUUUGAACAAGGCUGGAUCAAACCUAAUCCUCCGGCCAAACGAUCGGGCAAGACAGUGGCCGUGAUCGGAUCAGGACCGGCCGGGUUGGCAGCCGCCGAUCAGUUGAACAAAGCCGGGCAUCUUGUCACGGUCUAUGAGCGCAAUAACCGUAUCGGAGGCUUACUUCAAUAUGGCAUUCCCACCAUGAAAUUGUCCAAGGAAGUGGUCCAAAGACGUGUCGACUUAUUGGCUGAGGAAGGUAUCAUCUUCAAGACCAGUAUCGACGUGGGCAAGGACGUCCAAGUCGAAGAUUUGAAGAAUGAAAACGACGCCGUUCUCCUUACCAUGGGAGCCACUUGGCCCCGAGAUCUGAACAUAACCGGACGCGAUGCCAAUGGGAUUCAUUUUGCUAUGGAGUUCCUACAAACUUGGCAACAAAACCAACAGGGAGAUCAAAUCGAUUAUAGCCUAAUUAAUGCAGAUGGGAAGGACGUCGUGGUGAUUGGCGGUGGCGACACCGGUUGCGAUUGCAUCGGAACAUCCCUCCGUCAAGGGGCCAACUCCAUCACAUCAUUUGAGAUUCUUCCCACUCCUCCUGAUAUGCGAGCCAAAGACAACCCUUGGCCCCAAUAUCCCAAACUGUUCAAGGUUGAUUAUGGCCACGAAGAGGUCUCGGUGAAGUGGGGUAAAGGCGAUCCUCGUCGUUACAACACGGAGAGCUUGGAAUUCCUCAAAGACAAGGAUGGCAAUCUCGAGGGAAUUCGAGCCGUUCAAGUGGAAUGGACCAAGGACAACGCCGGACGAUGGGUCAAAUCCCAAGUGGAAGGCUCCGAGACGAUCUACAAAUGUCAGCUGGCCCUCCUGGCCAUGGGCUUCCUCGGCCCCGAAGAUUACGUGAUCGAAUCCUUUGGCCUCGAGCAAGAUGCCCGAAGCAAUAUCGUGACCAAGCCUGGGCGUUUCAGCACGCCCAAAGAUGGCGUGUUUGCUGCGGGCGAUUGUCGCCGAGGCCAAAGCUUGGUCGUGUGGGCCAUCACCGAAGGCCGGCAAGCCGCUCGUGAGAUUGACGAAUAUCUGGUGGGCGACAGUCUCUUGCCCGGUCUUGGUGGGGUCAUCCACCCUCGAGUCACUCAAAAAGGUUGUUAACUCUAGUAAUAAUAGUUAUGAUAUGAAUAGUGAUAUCACUAAUCAAUCAAAAAAGAAGGACUCCAAAUGUUGUGCUUAGUCAAAGACGAAUAUGAAGUGGCCUUGAUUACUGCGAAAUUGCUCGGCUUUCAACUACCACAAUUCUAUCCACGUUCAAUUUGUAAUCAUGCCUUGACUUGACGCUCUUUACAGUAUCGGUAAUGAACAAUUCAUAUUGUACGUGCAAUGAUCCCAAAGAUUCCCUUUACUUAAAGUAGGCGAGCAUGUUUCAUGAUAUUAUUGAUAGACAAUGCAUUACACUGUAAAAAAAUGUAUAUCCCUCCCCAAGAAAUAGUCCCACCAGUAAGAUAUGAAAUCGAUUAUGACCAUCUCGUAAUUAUCAUGUAAUUUUAAUCCAUACCAAGUUCUAUAUUGUAAUAAUUGUUGAUUUAAAAACAUCUAUUCUUGCUCAGUUUAUUUUUUGAUGGCUUCAAGAUCUUUGAAAUCAUUCGUUGGAUAGGAUCAACUCACGGAAACGAGAAACGACUAACUUUCAACGUUCCAUGUCAAACGAAAGAGUUCAUAGAAUAAACGCAAAGUUGAAUUGAA